AUGGACAGUGUCUUUAAGGAUGGUGACCAUUAUGAGGCCUACAUCAUGGCUGUUUGUCACCGGCUACACCGUCUUUCUAUUCUGGCAACCGCACUUGGGACCUCCCGGGAAGAAUGGGCUAUGCUUGAGACACAGAAGCUUGAACAUCAGCCCUAUUGCGUAGAGUAUCUGUGA